AUUCCGUAUGUUUCAGAAUUUCAUGUCAAAUGUUUUUCACUUUAAUAAUUGAAAUAUAUUGCUUUCUCUCAAAUUAGAGGAGAAUUCUAUCUUCAAGCAAGCGCAAAUCAGCGCUUGAUUCGACGUAACAUUAAGCCUGAGGACAAUAAACCAUUAGGUCUUAAAAUUGAUGGAGUUUUUGAGUCUACUGGUAAUAGACCGUUUGAAUUUGGGAUGAUAGAGAUGUCCGGUGGGUAUAACACCGAUGAUUUUCCUCGAUAUCUGAAAGACCACGUUCGUGGAUGCUGGGGUAUGCGAGACCUUCUCAAUAACAUUGCAACGAUGCUUCCAUGUGGCGAUUAUAAGGUUAUGAGACAACUUCGUGUAUGGUUUCUUCAUACACAUGGACAAGAUGUGCAAAUUUGGGGAAUGGACAUUCCUGCUAAGAAAGUUUAUCUUAUGUUUCUCCUCGGUACUUUCCGGUUCCCAAUCAGUUGGGAGGAUCACUACGAACUUAUGCAUGCGCUACCGAUAUUAUGGAAUUUCGGAAAAGGUUUAAAUGAAACUGUUGACGUACUUGAGAAGUUAAAGAAAUCACACAGCCGCAAUUCAAUUUUAUCCUCUAAAACUUCAGCAUUGAAAACUUAUAUUCGGCCUAUUAAGCAAUCUCCAAAAAAACCUACUCGCAAAAAGGCGCGUACUAUAAAUCCAAUGAAGCGUGAACAGCUUGAGGAUCCGCCUUCUCCAUCACCUGUUUUUUAUUAGAAUAUAUUUUUUUUUGUGAAUCGCAAAAAAAACAAAAUCUUAUUAAUAUGAUUAAUAUGUAAUAUUAAAAUUUCGGCAG